AUGCCCGGGCACGACUACACCGACUCGGAGCCAGAAAUCGACCCCGAUGAGCUCAUCCAGGACAUUGACAACGACAACGACGAUGCCGACCAUGGUGUAGCCACUCCCACGACCCAGGCCAGCGCAGCCUCCCCCACCAAGGAGCCCAAGUCGAAGGACUCGAACCAGUCUCUCAAGAUCACACUGCGACCAGGUUUGGCCUCUUCCUCCACUGCCGCCGAUGAGGGCUCGUCGUCCCCCGCCCCGCAGUCGAUCAAGCUGAAGCUCGGCAUGAAGCACUCGAUCGCGUCCUACUCUUCAUCCGAAGACGAGGGCAACGGGGACAAGGAGCGCUCGCCUCCGGCGAAAAAGCAGCGCACGUCGAAGAAGUCGCGCGCCUCGCCUAGCAAGGACUCAAAGGACGGCAAGGAGACCUCGACCGGGCCGAGCCUGCCCGCACCGCACCGCAAGGCGUACGACUGGCUGCCUAGUAGUGCAGCCGGCGCGAGCCACCACGGACCCGAGGGCCGCAACCACCUGAAGGACGACGACGUGAUCAGCGAUGCGGGAACGGACACGCCCGCGCCAGAGAAGGAGGUCAAGCCCAAGAAGGGCGGACGGAAACGCGCCCCGGACGCCCCGCCGGGACCGGGCAAGAACUGGAGGAAGGGCAUGAGAAAAGGAGACCCGAUCCCGUGGAAAGACGGCGCGACGUUCCUCGGCGGCGAGGGGCGGCCAAAGUCUUCCCCGUUGUCCACGCCGAACCGCCCGAGUCUCAGCCGCGACGUGUCCCCGGAAUCUAUCGACGACACGAUUUUGGCUGUCGCGACGGGGAGCACGAAGAGGAAGGCGCACGUCGACGACAGGGCACGCAGCCCCUCUCCGCCCUUUGUACUCGCGGACGCGGCCAAGCUCGGCUUCCCCGUGUUCUCGAAGCCGAUCCACCAGCCAAAGAUUGCGCUCUCGUCCUUCCCGAAGGUGACCAACUCGUUUGCUCAGUUUGACAACAAGCCCUUCCGCAAGGAAAAGGUGCGCGAGUGGACGUACUCUGAGCGCACGCUGCCAGGUAUCGGCGGCGGAACGCUCAAGUUCAAGACAUGGUCGCGCGGCCCGCAGAGCGAGUUUGGUGUCAUUGCCGCGCAGAUGAAGGAGGCCGAGCUGCUCGCCAAGCAGCGCAAGAAGGAGGCGAAGGAGGCCGAAAACCGCGAGGGCUCUGCUGUCGCCGCCGAGCGUCCGCUCUUUGGCCACUCGCAGUCGAGCGAGAGCGUGCCCCAGGUCGGCGACGACAGCGAGAUUGUCUCCGAGGCGGGCGACGCGGACGAGAGCGUUGUCAGUAUCGCGAGCGCGUCGUCGACGCCGACACCGACGAUGCGCGGACGCGGCAAGAAGGCCAAGCCGAGGAAGAGCAAGCUCGCGCAGGAGAUUGUCCCCGACGACUUUGAGUAG